GGCGGCCCCGGCGCCCCACCCUCCGCGGCCUCGGGGUCCCCGCCCACACACCCCCCGCAGGCUGCUUCGUGCUGCCCGAAGGCCGGGGGCGCGCGUGACUCUCGUCUGCGGCGCCAGGGGUGUGCCUCCCGCAGACCAGGCUCGGAAGGGGGACGCCCCGGGCGCGGGGCCACUGCUCUCGCUUUCUCGUGGUCGCAGACGCCCUCCCGGAGGGCGUCCCGCGGCCGGCGCGAUGAGUGCCAACGAGGACCAGGAGAUGGAACUGGAAGCUCUGCGUUCCAUUUAUGAAGGAGACGAAAGUUUCCGGGAGUUAAGUCCAGUUUCCUUUCAAUAUAGGAUAGGUGAAAAUGGUGAUCCCAAAGCCUUCUUAAUAGAGAUUUCCUGGACAGAAACAUAUCCCCAAACACCUCCAAUUAUAUCUAUGAACGCUUUUUUUAACAACACCAUAUCGUCAGCUGUAAAGCAGAGCAUAUUAGCCAAGUUACAGGAAGCCGUGGAGGUCAAUCUUGGGACUGCCAUGACCUACACGUUGUUUGAAUAUGCCAAGGACAAUAAAGACCAGUUCAUGGAGAAUCAUCAGCCUGUGAAUUCUACGAUACCCAUAAGCAGUAUCAUCUCCGUUGAAACUCCUAAUACAGCCCCAUCAAGUAAGAAAAAAGAGAAAAAAGAACAGCUUUCAAAAGCCCAGAAACGUAAGCUGGCAGAUAAAACAGAUCACAAAGGAGAACUUCCUCGAGGAUGGAACUGGGUUGAUGUGGUGAAGCAUGUCCCGCCUCCAUGGAUGCCUGAUGGAUACUUCAUGUCCCAGAAGCAGAUUUUUGAAAAACCAGCGGUCUCCUGUUGAGCUCAGUAAUAAAGAAGUUUGCAAAAAUUUAAGCAAAACUGGCUCUAAAGAAGACGAAUAGUUCUUGGAAUUGAAGACAAGGGAAGAACAUCCUUUAAGAAGGAAACUGGGUUCAAAAUCCUUCAUUAUUACUCUUUUCUGGUAUUGAGGUGGCUUUUUAUAAAACAAUUUUUUUGUAUGUUUCUUAUGUAAAAAAAACAAAACAAAUGUUUUAAGCUGAAAGUUCAUGAAAAGAUCUGGUUGUAUUAAAUUAUUUUCACAAACUUGCCUUAAUAAAAGGUGAAAUGUUACCGUUUAGUAUACUUUAUGAAGAUGGUUGAUCUUUGUAAAUGGACAAAAUGGGAAAAAAUAAAUAAUCAGUGUGAAUUUAUAUGGUCUUAUUCCAGUGGAUUGGCUAUUUUUUAAAGGAGUAGGAAGCCCUUUUGAAACUCUCAUCCCAGUGGAUCAGAAUACUGAAUAAACAGUUGCUCUGUGGUGUGAUCCAUUUUAAUAGACUUCUCAUCUUAAUAAAGUCUUCAUCUCUCCUUUCUCUUAAUUACUGAAGCGUAAAUUGCUCCAGAGAAAUUUAAAUACUAAUAUUUGAACUUACUACAUAAUAUUCUUUGUAGUUCCUUUUUAUUUUUCAAGGGUGAACCACUUCUUUCUUAUUUUUAGUAAAUGAGUAUCUGUUCAUACUCUUCUUUUGGGUCAUGAUGUUUGACCAUGAGAGUUUUCGGCUGUAUGCGGAAUAGGGGAAUAUAAAAUAAAUCUGCCAAAUACAUUCAGAAGCGUUUGAGUAAAAGUGCUGGUUCCCACUGAAAACAUUUCUCUUUGCUGCAUAUACCAAGAUGGGAGUAAAAGAUGCCUUAAUAUUUAAUUUUUGUAUUUUGGGGAGACAGUGGUUUUAAUAAAUUCCUGUUUCUCUGCCACUGUGUGUUUUUGGUUCUCUCGCAACAGGUCUUCUAAAUCGUUUAACAUAAAACCACAUUUCAGGUCUUGUUUCUUUUCAAGUAGCCAUGUGGAUUUCUCAGGCUGAACAUCUGUUUUCAUAGUAAUAAACGUAGAAGUGUUUCAAAUGCUGAAUCAUAGUACAAGCUUGAUUAUUAUUUUUUAAUCACGAGUAGGGUAACUGUUAGUGACAUGUACCCAGGAAGUCACUGAUGUGUUGUGUGACUUACAGUGACUACAUUUACUCCCUGGCUGGAGAACCCUGAGAACUGCUGCUGGUUCUAGAAGGGUAAACUGUUGGUUCCUCCAGUUACACCUGUGCAGCUCGGGUCUGACGUUUCAAAGAAUAAUGAACUUCUAAAGACAUGUCCUUAGCAUCAGAACAGUUUAAAUUGUAUGCGUGGCUUUUACUGGGCUAAUAUUAGGCUCAGCUAAAUGGUUGGAAUUACACAGUAAAUACAAUUAUGGUAAAGAAGUAUAAUCUGGUUUUCAAAAGCUAAAUCACAUUUUAUAUCUUGAACUAAUAGAAGCAUUACAAUUCAAGACCACCGGAAUACGCCAGUUCGUUUUUGGGGGUGUGUACAUGGUUUUUGUUGUGUUAUUUUUUUGCUUGUUUUUAAAGAAACUGAAACUACAGAUCUGCUCGUGGAACAAAUUGUGUUUGGCUCUGAAGAUUCUGAAGUUGUUCAGGCUUACUGUGGUUCAAAGAUGACAAAGAAUAAUGCUAGUUAAAUGCCAAUGAACUAUUUUUACUCUUUUUUAUAUGAAAUGUACUAAUUUGGGGGGUGAUGGUGGCAGCGGGGCCUCUGACCACCUUCUCUAAAGCACUGGAACAUUCUCAUCUGUUUUACCACUGUCUAUUCAACACUCCCAGUAUAUUUUCUCCAAGUCUGUCUACCUAAAAUUGUAUGGAAUGGCAUAAAUAAUGAGCAAUAAAACCAGAAUUAUAUACA